UUUUGCACGGCCAAAUGAAAAAAAGGGAAAAAAAUGAGCAGAGGGGCUCAUAUUCGCAGGGCAGCUCCGGCUCAGAUCUGCAGUUGUUGUUCCCUCUGCUGUGCUGAGGAUGGGGCGGGGCGCCUACAGCGACGAAUCGCUUCUCUGUUUAAAUAGUCAGGUUUCCUCCUUCGCUCACAGCUCUACGCCAUGUUGGCUGUUUUGGCUUGUUUUCAUGAGACUUUUACUACGAACCUGACAGGAGUGGCUGCAUGAAAACAUCCCCCCCUUUUCUCUGGGAGACAUUCCGUUUUUUAUUAACGCGUAAUUUGGAUGAUCGGCGCAGGAAGGACGCAUGGUGACUUUUCAUUUGGAGGGAAUACUACUUUGGAAUAACAAUCUUUAAAGGGACCCACGCCUCAUUUUUUAUUUUUUUUUUUCUUGCUGCGGUUUCUUUGGUUUUCUGUCGUCUUAUGUGCAACAAGAUGUCAGAGGUUCGGCUUUCUAACGCGAGUCCCACGGUGGAGCGCGUGGACGCGCGGCAGCCGGACAGCACCAGGUCGGUGCGCAGGGUGCUGUUCGGCACACCUGACCCGGAGGAGACGCGCAGGCAGGCGGAGGCUCUGCAGCAGCAAGCCGUGGACGAUUUCACGGAGAGGUACAACUUCGAUCCGGUGGAGGACAGGCCGCUCUCUCCGGGGGAGUACGACUGGCAGGAGGACGGAGACGCGCCGGAGUUUUACCGGAGGCCGCCCCGGGGGAGCAGGCCGCCCAGCGGGGAGGCUGCAUACACUUCUAACGGUUCACGGAAACGACCUGCAGGGAAUUGCUCUGAGGACUGCACGAGUCAAAAGAAAAAGUCGCAUUCCGAUGAAGACGACGACGAUAAAGGUGCAGGAAGCCAAAGAGUGCAGAGAGCCAGCAGGCCAGAGGAGGAGGACCCGAGCCCCCCGGUGCCAGCGCAAUGAGACCUGUCGCCUGUGGAACACCGUGGGCUUCCUCACCAUCUGACAGAAGACGUGGAGAGAAACAUAGAAAAACAAAGCAGCUUUAUCCCAGAAGGGAGGAGGAGGAGGAGGCUGCACAAGCACUGAAUAUGUACACUAUCGACUUUUGGCACUCUUAUUUUUCUAUGAUAAAAAUGCCUCAAAAGCAGCAGACAAUUGUAGCAGUGUGCAAAUUGAUUUUUGCUCAUAUUUUUAUAUAUAUAAAUAUAUAUAUAUACUACCUAUGUUUCAGAUGUAGCAAAUAAUUGGUUUUAAUACCUUUUUUUCCUGUAAAAUAUGUCUGUGUGACUUUGACUUGGGGAACUGCAGUGCAAUUCCCAUCAGAUAAAUUUGAAAGUUAUUUAGUAUAAAAAAAAUGCUAAUUUGUGUCAUUAUUCAGGUAUUUUUAUGUUUCGUUUUAUUGUAGAAAAAGAAAAAUACAGAUUUCAAACAUCAGGGUUACGUGGAUACAAAAUGUUAACUUUUUCUACGGUGUUGUUAUUGAAGGCCCGCAUGGUUCACACUUUAAAUUUGUGGAUCCAUGCAACUGGGAACAGGCAUGAUAGAUAAAGUUUACAGCCUUAUUCCCUAUUUUUUAUUUUUAUUUUUUUCCAAAUGGGAUCAGGUCGGGAGGGGGUCGAAAUUCUGCCUUUUUAUUUUGGGCUUUUUUUUUCUCUCUCUCUCCUGUGGUUAAAACUGCUGAGCAAUAUUCUUCAUUCUUUGAAAAAAAAAAUCCUAAAAGUUUGAUUUAAAUUUCUAAAAUUCUUCCAUGCACCCCCUCUCCAAACGUAGGUUUGCUCCAGGGUAACAUAGGCGGACAAAAACGUAUAAACCACUGGGCUUUCUUUAUGCAAAUAUGUGAAUCAAAGAAUCAUGUUUGUGGUGUAAAAUUCAUGUGGAACAUGGAAUUGAUUGCACUAUUCAUUUCAUAUUUUCCAUGAGGGCAGAAAUACAAAGUGACCCCCCCCCAACUCUGCAUAAAACAUUGAAGUGUUUAUUUUUGUUUUUCAAAAACACUGUAAGACUAUACUAACUUAUUUAUGUCUGUUUUUUGUGGGUUAAUGUUUAGCUUCCCAAAGCAAAAUUUUGUGCAUUAUUGUAAAUAUAUAUUUUCAUUG